CCCGCCUCCACGCGUCAUCAAACAAUCAUGGCGGACUACCAAGAGGCGCCCUUGGCUAGUCGGCCAAAAACACUGGACCCAAACGAGUAUUUCCAUGUCACGCCGGAGAAGCGACGCGCUGAAGAAGACCGGGCAGCGCUACGAGCGAACCUGAAGAGGCAGUAUCAGACGCAACUCAACAACCCGCACAGAAAGGCGCUCAUUGAGGACCCUGCCCUGACACGCUGGGUGUUUGCACGCGCCAACCCCUACGCAACCUUCAGGCCGACGUUCAAGACCUCUCUGCUGGGGGCGAUGUUUGGGAUUUUGCCUCUCUUUGGACUUUACUACAUCUUCAAGACUGACCGGGAUAGGAAGGAGGAGCAGAUUAAGGCUGGAACCAUGGACCGACGGUUCGGUUUGUCAUCAUGAGCUCUGUUGUAUGAAGACCUCCUUUGUGUUCUAGUGAUGCCAGUCUGUGUAAUUAUUACCUAAAUAAAAUUAUAUUGUCAAAAUCA